CUCUUUUUUCUCCAAUCCGAGAUACGUCAAAUUCUAUAAAUAAUAAAUUAAAGGUAAAUAAUAAUAGCAAUAAAAACAAUAUUUUUAUAUCUCCCCGGGGCUUUUCCCUCCCUCGAACGCGCAAACCCUACUCUCCCCUCUCCUCUUCUCCUUCCCCCUCCUCUACCUCUCUCUCGCUUUUGCUCUUUAAUGGAGGCUCCGUACAAUCCGAGGUCGGUGGAGGAGGUGUUUCGGGACUUCAAGGGGCGGAGAGCCGGGAUGAUUAAGGCCCUAACCACCGAUGUGGAGGAAUUUUUCCAACAGUGCGACCCUGAAAAGGAAAAUUUAUGCCUCUAUGGGUAUCCAAAUGAACAUUGGGAAGUCAAUUUACCCGCAGAAGAGGUGCCUCCAGAGCUACCUGAGCCAGCAUUGGGCAUCAACUUUGCAAGAGAUGGGAUGCAAGAAAAGGAUUGGUUAUCUUUGGUUGCUGUGCACAGUGAUGCAUGGCUACUUUCUGUUGCAUUUUAUUUUGGCGCUAGAUUUGGAUUCGAUAAAGCAGAAAGGAAGCGCCUGUUUGGCAUGAUAAAUGAUCUACCAACGAUAUAUGAGGUAGUGAGCGGAAAGAACAAGGUCAAGACGCCAAGUACUAAUCACAGCAACAGCAAAUCCAAGUCAAGCUCUAAAAUGAGGGCACCGGAGGCUCAGGCGAAGCACACAGACGUGCGGACGAAGGAAGAAGACGAAGGACUCGGGGACGAAGAGGAAGAGGAAGAGGAGCACGGGGAGACGCUGUGCGGGGCCUGUGGGGAGAACUACGCGUCGGACGAGUUCUGGAUCUGCUGCGACAUCUGUGAGAGGUGGUUCCACGGCAAGUGCGUCAAGAUCACGCCGGCCAAAGCCGAGCACAUCAAGCAGUAUAAGUGCCCAUCAUGCAGCAGCAAUAAAAGAGCACGUCCCUCGUGAAAAUAAAAUGGUUAUCGAAGUAGAUAUUCUCUCAUUUUAGAUGCCUAGGCUUAGUUGAGGAUGUCUGGGCCUGUAUUCUGACAUAUGUAAGAAAUCUGUUGUCGCCAUUGUUAUGAUAUCCUUGAUGCCUGAAACUUCUACGGUUAGUCUGUAGACUCGGUUACUUUUAGUUGAGGUGAUGUUAAUUUACUUGGUUGUAGAUUUAUGUUUCUCAUGAGUGCUUAUCUUCCAAAAUCAUUA